AUGACCGCCUCCCUCGCCGUGGCCGCCUCGGCUCUCCCCAAGCCCGCGCCUAGUGCAACCUCCAGCGGAACAGCUGCCAGCUCCAGUGCCAGCUCCGGCUCCAGCUCCGGCGGCGGCGGCGGCGGCGGCGUCCAGAUCGUCAACAACCUGGACUCCACCGUCUACUUGUGGUCCACCUCCAGCGAUGCCGGCAGCAUGCAGAAGCUGAACUCCGGCGGCGGCACCUACUCCGAGGACUGGCAGACCAACUCCAACGGCGGCGGCAUCUCCAUCAAGCUGUCCACCUCCGAGAGCCAGGACAGCGUCCUGCAGUUCGAGUACACCACCAGCGGCGACGACAUCUACUGGGACCUGUCCUCCAUCGACCUGGACUCCAGCUCCGACUUCGUCUCCGCCGGCUUCUCCGCAAGCCCCUCCGACUCCAGCUGCAAGUCCGUCUCCUGCUCGGCCGGUGACAGCAACUGCGCCGAAUCCUACCAGAACCCCGACGACAAGGACACCAACAGCUGCUCGUCCAGCUCCGGCUUCACCCUGACCUUGGGUUAA